AUCGAAGCGAGGAUAGGCCCCGCCUAUUGGAACUUGUAAAUACGAAAAAGACGCUUUUUCGCAAUGAUAAUAUUAUAAGAAAUACUUAUUUUUAGAUCUCCAAGGCUGCAGAGUUGCAACCAUGGAAACCAGUAAAGUGUUAUGUUUAUUUGCGGUUUUAUCGCAAGCAGCCGCUCUAUUGACAUCACCACCGCGGAUUGUGAAACAGCCAACGGCAGAAGAGUUAUUGUUCCAAGUGGCGCAGCCUGGUGAGGUGGACAAACCGUUCAUCAUUGAGUGCGAAGCUGAAGGAGAGCCAGCGCCAAAGUACAGAUGGAUCAAGAACGGUAAACCUUUCGAAUACACGAGUUACGACAACCGAAUCUCUCAGCAGCCGGGUCGCGGGACGCUGGUCGUCAGCCAGCCCAGAGACGAAGACCUUGGACAGUACCAAUGCUUCGCCGACAACGAGUGGGGUACCGCCACCUCCAACUCGGUAUUCGUCAGAAAGGCCGAGCUCAACUCCUUCAAGGAGACCGAUGGGCCGCAGCAGACGAUCACCGCUCAGGAGGGCCUGCCCUUCAAGCUCACCUGCGAGCCCCCCGACGGCCAUCCCAGCCCCAACGUCUACUGGAUGUUGCAAGGCGAGCAGGGCCAGCUGAAGACGAUCAAUAACUCCCGAAUGACCCUGGAUCCCGAGGGUAACCUCUGGUUCUCGAACGUGACGCGUUACGAUGCCAGUGUGGACUAUGCGUACACCUGUGCCGCGAAAUCGGUGUUCAGGAAUGAGUACAAGCUCGGCAACAAGGUGUACCUCCAGGUGACGCAAACGGGUAUAUCGCCGACGUCGAACAAGCGGGAACCGGUACGACAGUACACUACCAGGAGAGUAGAGAAGGCGUGGAGAGGGAAGAAGGCGGAGCUCUACUGUAUCUAUGGCGGGACGCCACUCCCUCAAGUGGUGUGGAAGAAGAACGGAGCGAUGAUACUGUCGUCGCAACGAAUAACGCAGGACAACUACGGCAAGACGCUGGUGAUCAAGCGAGCAGGGUACGAAGACGAGGGCACCUACACCUGCGAAGUCAGCAACGGCGUUGGCACAGCUCAGACGUACUCCAUCACGCUUAAUGUUGAAGCCGCCCCCUUCUUCACCGAGGAACCGCAGUUCCAGAACAAAGCCGAGGGUGAAGAUGCAGAGAUUCGUUGCGCCGCCGGCGGUACCCCCGAACCUCAGAUCUCCUGGGUCCACAACGGCAAACCCAUAGCCGAGGCGGAAGACAACCCUCGCCGCAUCAUCACCUCCAACUCCAUCAUCAUCAAGGACCUGGUGAAAAAGGACACGGGCAACUACGGAUGCAACGCCACCAACUCCAACGGAUACGUGUACAAGGAUGUGUACAUUAAUGUGCAAUCGAUCCCACCCGAGAUCAAAGAGGGCCCGGAGAACCUGGUGAAGGUGGACGGGUCGGAGGCGGUGCUCAAGUGCCGCGUGUUCGGCGCGCCGCGGCCCGUCGUUAAAUGGAUGAGGGACGACGUCGACGUCACCGGGGGCAAAUACAACAUCACCUCGGAAGGCGACCUGGUGAUACGCGGCGUGUCGUACACGGACGUGGGGAGAUACCAGUGUUACGCCAAGAACAAGUUCGGAGAGAAAUCUGCGUUUGGCAACCUUGAUGUCAGACGCCGCACCGUGAUAACGGACCGUCCCGAAAACUACGAGGUGGCCGCUGGAGCAUCCGCCACGUUCCGCUGCAACGCGCACGCGGACGACUCGCUCAAACUGAACAUAGUGUGGCUGAAUCGCGGCCAGCCGAUAGACAGUGAGGCCCAGCCGCGCUUCCGAGUCACCAACGACUAUUCCCUGCUCAUCAGUGAUACCACCGAGUUGGAUUCGGGAGAGUACACGUGUGUUGCGUCCACAGAGAUCGAUGAGGCGCGCGCGCAGGCUACGCUUACUGUACAAGACAAGCCGAACUCCCCCGCGCUCGACGGCAUCGAGUGUCACGAGAAGACCGCUCUGCUGCGCUGGCACUCGCGCGGCGACAACCGCGCCCCGAUCCUGCGAUACUCCAUCCAGUACAACACGAGCUUCACCCCCGACACGUGGGACGUCGUGUCCGACAGCGUGCCGGCCAUCGACACGUCGUGGUCCGUCGAACUGAGCCCGUGGGCGAAUUAUACAUUCAGAGUUGUAGCGUGGAAUAAAAUCGGCGCGUCCCCGCCGUCGAAACACUCGGAUGUGUGCACGACGCAGCCGGAUGUGCCGUAUAAGAACCCGGAUAACGUACGCGGUGAAGGCACUGAUCCGACGAACAUGGUUAUAUCGUGGUCGCGCAUGUCAGAAAUCGAGCACAACGGGCCCGGAUUCUAUUACCUGGUGUCGUGGCGACGCGACAUCGGCGGGCAGCAGUGGAGCGAGCAACACGUGCGAGAUUGGCGCACUACCGACCUCACUGUACCCAACACGCCUACCUUCCAGCCUUACCGGAUUAAGGUGAUCGCCGUGAACUCGAAGGGAACGUCAAACGUGGCGCCAGUGGAAGUGAUCGGAUGGUCGGGCGAGGACGUGCCGACGCAGGCGCCGCACAACUUCACCCUGCUACAGGUCACAACCGGCACCAGCGCACUGCUCAGCUGGGAUCCCGUCCCCCCGGAAACCGUGCGCGGACACUUCAAGGGCUACAAGAUCCAGACCUGGCUCGACGGUGAAGAAGACAAUCUCAAGGAGAUCCUCGUCAAAGCCGACGCCUCCAGCACCCUCGUCACCAAGUUCAAACCCUUCAAGAAGAACAACGCCCGCAUCCUCGUAUACAACGGCCGCCACAACGGCCCUCCCAGCGAAAUCCUCAGCUUCGUCACACCGGAGGGCAAGCCCGGCACCGUCCGCUCCUUUGAGGCCUACCCCAUCGGCUCCUCCGCCAUGCUCCUCAAGUGGGACCGCCCCGUGGAGGAGAACGGCAUCCUCACAGGCUACAAGAUCUACUACCAGAAGGUGUCCGGGACAGCCCUAGGUCCGCUGCAGGAGAGGAAGAAGGAGAUAGACCCGUCCUUCGACCGCGCGAAGCUGGCUGGGCUCGAGCCGAAUACGAAAUACAGGAUCGAGAUCCGGGCGAAGACGAAGGCGGGUGAGGGAGACAAGUUCUACGUUGAGCAGACGACGAAGGCGAUGGUGAACGCGAUCCCCGAUAUCCCGGUGUUCGAGGCCCGGACUAUCCCGGCUAAGGAAGGCACAGCUCACAUCCUGGUGAGGUGGCGACCUUCCCCGGACGGGCACGCGGGAACACACUUCGUAGCAUGGUAUAAACUACGUGGCCACCCCGACUGGCUGAAGACCAACGAGGUGACGGAGGACGACUACGUCAUCAUCACCGGCCUCGAGCCAGGUGAAGAGUACGAGGUGAAAAUCACCGCGCACGACGGCGAGUACUUCAGCACUAGUGAGACGCUGCUCGUUGAUACUACUAUUGACGGUCCGUACGUGCGGGCGCGCGACGAGCGCACCGCCACCGCGGGCUGGUUCAUCGGCGUGAUGGUGGCGCUGGCGUUCCUGCUGCUGGUGCUGGUGCUCGUGUGCGUCGCGCGACGCAACCGCGGCGGCAAGUACGACGUGCACGACCGCGAGCUCGCGCACGGCCGCCGCGACUACCCCGACGCCGCCUUCCACGAGUACACGCACCCACUGGACAGCAAGUCUCGUCACUCGAUGAGCAGCGGCACGAAGCCCGGCCCCGAGAGCGACACCGACUCCAUGGCUGAGUACGGCGAGGGCGAGACAGCGGGCAUGAACGAGGACGGUUCGUUCAUCGGUCAGUACGGGCGAAAGCGGCGCCCGCCCCCCUCCGGCCAGACCGACUCCGCCUCGCAGGCCUUCGCCACGCUCAUAGUUCACUUUAUAUUUUUCUGUGCAGGCCGGUUCACGGAGGACGGUUCUUUCAUCGGUCAGUACGUACCUGGCGCCCGCGUGCUGCCGCCCCCGGCGCCCCCCGCGCCCUCCAGCCCGGCGCCCCCAACAUACGUGUAAACACGCCACUGAUGAAUACGCCCCUGACGUUCUAUACCUAAGUUAUAAGGGAUCUUGUGAAGAAUGGAGUUACAGAAAAGUUAUAGCUACCUUUUGAAAAAGAGAAGGUAUUUGCGGGUAUUAUUCGCGUAUACACUUUCUGAACAAGGUCUAAGUUAUUUGUUUGUUAUCUAAAGCAAAAGCUAUGCAGUCGAUAUUUAUCAUAAUAAUAUAAUAUUUGGGAGGCCAGAAUUGCUAUAUAACCUCUGGUACUUUCUAUAUAAACAAUGUUGUACUAGCGGGAUCUCUGGAACAAAUGCCACAUAAUAUCGACUACACAGUCAGUUGUAGAACAAAACGAGCGUAUUUAUCGUAUUGUGUAGAACGUAUAGCGGUCUAAACCACAUGACCGCAACCGCAGCGCUUCACAAUAACUCUUUACUUGUGUAAGUGUUAACUUUCAUUUGACCUUUACUUAUGUAUAAAAAUUUAAAAAAAAACUACAAUUAUCUGCCUCCUCCUUUAAAGGAAGUCUGUUAAAAAUAACGGGGCGCUGCGGUCGAAAAUUUGUAAUAUAACAAGUAUAUCUCUUUUUACGGUUGGUUGGCAACCGGCCUUAUUUUGUAUGAGCGAGCGCGUCUUAUCGACUAACAAUUUACUUAAGAUUUUUUUUUAACAGAACAUUUUCCAUUUGUAUCCAGAAUAUAAGCUAUAAUGAUCAGAAAUUGUCUUCAAUAGUUCGAUUCUUGUUAUAGUUAUAAGAUAAAGUAGCUAAGAAAACUUACUAUGGAUGAAACCUUGGAAGUCGAUGAAUAUUGUAAGGACGCGUUCGCUUCACACUAACAAACUAACUCUUAUGCUUUGUAUUAUGAGCUGUUCAACAUAUCUCUUUGGGACCGAAAUCUCUAAGAAAUAUGUUGACAACGGGGAAUGCACCCAGUACAUGUCAAAUUGUGAGGUCGCAAUACACAUUUUCGAUAUAUUUAGUUGAAAUCUACUAGUUUUUAAUUUCGUAGCUUAAAAUUGACUGUCGUUCUAUGCAGCUUUUGAUAUGACUUUAUUUGUCGACAGAAUGUUUACGCUCAGUAAAGGCGGAGCGUCUAAGGCUGUGUUCACACUGAAACCCCCUUAGUAAUAAUUAUAAUCUGUAAUAGCAAAAAUUCACGAAAAAUAGCAAGAAAGCGGACUUUGAAUAGUUCUUUGUUUUACUGUGCUUAUAAAUAUUUUUAUUAAGGGGGUAUAAAUAUUACGAUCCCAGUAGGUAUUUCGGCAGCUAUUUUAAGUAGAAUAACCGUACCAGCGUGACCGCGGCCUUAGAGCGGUGACGUCAUUUGUUUUCAGUAGACGUGGAUUUGUUUAUGAGACUGAUUUUUAAGUAAAGUAACGUAGUCAUCUGGCAUCUAAACUGAAAACCAAACAGACCCAACGUCGGUGUAAACUCGACUCUAUCGCCUCUAUGUAAAGUUGAUUUUACAUCGAAUAUCAUUAGAGUAUCUUAGAAUGCUGUAGUGUGUAUAGUUUCGAUAUCAAUUACUCGUUAACUAAGGAUACGGUAUGAAGAAGGGAGGCGAGAAAGCUAUUUUUGUCACAUAUAAUAUCUAUGGAAUAGUGCUAGGCCGGUGGUCAGACUCGCUCGCAAAUGAACCUACUGACAAGGCUUGAUUUUGUGUCUUUACUUUGUAUAGCUUAUUCGCUAAACAAAUCAUGUUAUUAACAACUUGAGGGCAAGUUUCACAAUCUUAUAAGACGAUAGGCUAUAUCCACGUUUCGUCGCAGCUUAUUUUAUACUGAGUGACGAAGGCAAAAUAUGGAUAAGCAAGUCAAUAACAAUCGACUUGCUUAUCCAUAUUUUGUCUCCAUUGUGAUACAGGCCCAUAAUGGCCCCAAGAUACACGAAGCCAAUGUCAUAGGUUCUAAAUGCUACUGUCCAUGUUUAUUUUUAUAUCUAAGUCAAAUCUUUCUAUACACCAUCCACAAAUUUCUUGGACCACACAUAACUUCUAUUUUCCGAAAUUUUAUAAUCGAUAUUUUAUAUGCACAUGGAACUUAUUUUUGACAUUACUUUGAAAAUUACCUUUUAUUAUACGGGGUUGAAGGGGGUGAAAUUUGAAUAUAUUUUUGUACUUCACGCGGUUUGACCACCGGCCGACGUUGGUGCUUUAAAGUGAAGUGUGAAAACGCCAAGGAAAUGACGUUUGAGGUUAUUUUACAGGAGAAUGGUCCUCGUGUGAUUGACAUAAGGGCUAUCCAGUUGUAAAAUUACUCUAAACGAACUUAGGAGCUGGUAUACUCACUCGGCGUAUUUGUAAAACUCGUUUAAAUAAAGAUUGGGACUGAGAUAAAUGACGUCUCGAUACAGUCGUAGAAAUUGUUUCGUACAUUGACUCAUCGCUACUUAUCUCUUUUGCACAUAUAUUGCUCUUUUUUUCUAUAAUCUAUCGAGUAUUUGUAAACGGGGUGUAGGCGGAAUGGCGAGUAAGUUCGAGUGAAAGGGACAACUAGCUAUGGGUCAGUGUACGAUAUUCUACGCCAGCUUUCAUAUUCUAGCUAUGGGUCAUAUACGUCUUUGGCUCAGUCCCAAUAUUUAACGAGUUACGACCGAAUUCUAUAAUGGAGCUGUUUGUUCUAUGUAGCGUACAGUUCGACAUAAAGUUUGUAUAUUACGAGGACUGUGACAAGUACGCCGUACACGAUUGACGAAUAUUUUAAUGUUGAACUAUUCUUCUUUACUUUUAUUUCCACUGACAUUUUGAAAUUUCUUGUGACGUAUUUGAAUAACUUUUGGUAAUUUGCACUCCGACCCACGUUACUGUUGUGUCCGUCGCGCGCGACAUGUCGCAUCGCGUCGCAUGUUAGAGUUAAGGUAUCGUGUUAUCUAAUGUUAGGCAGCUAACGUUCGCUUGUCGCAUCUGUAUUAUAUUUAUUCUUUGUCUAUACACCCAGAGUACACCGCCGGCCAGAAAAAACGGUGCGUCGCAUUGAGUCGCACCGCAGGUCGGCGGUGAUGAUUAUUUUAUUUAUUUAUUUAUUUAUUUGAACGCCUGUAAGGUGUCGGGUCCCAGAUACAUUCCAGACCAUGUUGAAUUGUCAUAUUUCUGUCAGAUGUAAUCUGUUGUAAAAUUUUAAUAAGUUGACUUUUGCUUAAUGAUUAUAAUGUGUGUUUAAUCUAUAAAUUCGACGUUUCAAAUGCAAAACCCCCGCCUUCGAUGUUCUUAUUUGAGCUUACUAUUGGUACCUUAUGCAUUAUUAUAUUUGAUGGCACUGUUAGCCCCUUAAGUUGUUUGUUAAGGAGUCUUUAUCAUGUCUAUUGUAGUAAGAAUUUAAUAUAUUAUAUUAAUUAAUUAAUAUGUAGGUGAACCUCAUUCGAUUUGCAUGUUUUCUCGCUUUUUACGCCGAGACGUUGAUAUUAAAAUAUUCAUUCUCCUCGUAACCUGUUGAAGUGAAUAAUUGUUGAGCCGCCGUCUGUCCGGUGUUCCGAGUUGACUCACUGCCUUCCCACUACGACUGUAUGUGUUCAUUUUAUAGUCUACCGGAGACCGAGCCCGCAGUCGACACUUGCCUUACGUGUAAACUGUACAUUCGACUCGUAGUUAAAUUAAGACCGUGUAAUUAGACUUUCACCGUUCGUAUACAUGCACAAUAUUUGCAUUUACCUACAAUUUAAACUGUCACAAUUAUUGUAACCAGUGUUUUUUGAAUCUCGAAUUAUUGAUGUGUAAUGGUUUUUUUGUCCUCGAGUGUAAUUUGGAGAAUCUCAGUUGAGUCUCGACUAUCACACUAUAUAAAAUGAUAUGUUUGUCCCACAUUAUAUGUCGGGAACAAGGGCGUCAAGUGUAAGACUAGAGAAACAUAGGAGACAGAUCUUUUGGAACUAUUUCGAAUGUUUACGUAUAAUAAAUGACACCUAUGUAUUUGCUAGAAGUAUAACAUUAUCCAGUAGAAAUUUGGAAUUUAUUUAAAAGCAUGUACUAAUAAGAAAACUCGAAUGUAUACUUACCCUCGACGCUCUACAGUUAUAGUAUAUUUCCACCUAAAUGUUUUGCAAUAAUUGUUUAAAGUUAAGAUAUAUAAUGUCAUGACAAUUUUAUGUACGUGCUAUUGGCGUCGUAAUAUUUAAUUCGUGGAUUGAACGUUUUAUUUUCUCAUAAUUUUUCGCAUUAAGCGGUAAUUUAUUGUAACUACGACAGAUAUUUUUUUAUGUUGCAUAGAAAAUAAAUUUUAAGAAAAA